GUUUAUACAAGCGUCGCAUUUACUCAGAUCAUAUUUGGAGAAGAGAAGACGAAUUUUUACGUUUUAAAUUGCAAUGCUAUAUUCUUCAAUGGAGGUAGAUGGCCAGACCGGCUGGUAUGAUACCCUGCACAAUGAUGAGCCUGAUAAAUGGCAAGAGGCCUUAAUAUGGAUAAAGAAUUCUGUGAUUGGAAAUAACAAGCAGAAAGCUAAUGCUAUCAACCAUGGGGCUGUUCCAAGGUUAUUACAGUGGUUAGUGGAUGAAGAUGCCCCACAGCAGAUAAGAACAGAUGCAGCCAUUGUGAUGGGAUCUAUUGCUAAAGGAACCGUAGACAAUAUAAACACCCUAGUGGAAGAAGGCAGUGUCUCUGUACUAUUCAAAGGUUUGAGCAACCCGAAUCUUCCAUUUGUCGAGGCUUGUUUACGAUGUUUGAGGACCAUCUACAUGAGCAACUCUAACUGUGUUAGCUUUAUCUAUCAGGAUCCUACAGUUAUACCUCAUCUGGUGAACAUAAUGCCGCAGUCGGUCUGUACACAGGAAUGCAUCACCCAUAUUCUAGCCAACUCAUGCCAGACGGCAGAACAUCAGAAUAAACUGUGCAGGAGUCAGAUUGUACCUCCUCUCGUGUCACUCAUUGCCGGGAAUGUCUAUAAAGUACAAAUGCCGACCUUGAAAUGUCUGGCAAUGCUGGUGAAGGACAACGACGAGACGAGCGCUACUGUUGCAAAUGCCACACAUAAUGGAGAACCAUUCCCAAAUCUUUUGGUACAGUUAUUGUAUAGGGAUAAGACUUCAGAGAUGCAAAUUCUAGCUGCCAAAGUGCUAGCCUACAUGUGCCGAGGUGGUGCUAUUGACCCACAAAAUCCUAAAAUAGCCAUGAAGACACUGCCAUGUUUGAUCAGGAUGUGUAGUAAGGAUCGAACCCUGGAGGAGAACGUCGAGGGCGCGGAGACUCUGGCAUACCUCCUCGAGGUUGACGCCGGAUUACAGAGGACAGCAUCAAUAUCAGAACAUAUCAUCAAGACGCUGUCCGAAUAUCUGAAAUAUACAGAUGUACAGCAGAUUACUAGGAGUGGUAAACAAAGUGAUAUAAACUGGGGAAAUGAGAUGAAACAAGCAGCUUUUAAAGCAUUUGCAGCUCUAGGUGCCAAUGAGGAAGAUAUAAGAAAACAGAUUAUUGAGACGGAGAAUUUAAUGGACUGUGUGGUGUCUGGUCUGAACAGCAGUGAUAUGAAAGUAGCGGCUGCUGCCAUACGAUGUUUACAUAGUCUAUCACGAUCAGUACAGUUGUUGAGAACCACGUUUCAGGACCACGCUGUGUGGAAACCACUUAUGAAGAUAAUACAAGAGGGUCCGGAGGAGCUUUUACAAGUUUCUACGUCAACAAUGUGUAACUUACUGUUGGAAUUCUCACCUAGUAAAGAGUGUAUAUUGGACUGUGGAGCUAUCAACAUCUUGGUUGGCCUGACUAGUAGACCAGAUCCAGGGUUAAGACUAAAUGGAAUCUGGGGACUCAUGAAUAUGACGUUUCAAGUGGAGCAGAAAGUAAAAUCUCAAGUUGUUGAAGCAAUUGGAACCGAGCAACUGUUCAGGCUUCUGUCUGACCCUGAUGCAAACAUAGUCAUGAAGACGCUUGGUUUAUUGCGCAAUCUUUUGUCACACAAAAUGCAUAUAGACAACAUUAUGAGUAUGUAUGGAAAUCAGAUCAUGCAAGCUGUCAUCUUUAUAUUAGAGGGAGAUCAUCCACCACAAGUCAAAGAACAGACAUUGUGUAUUCUGGCAAAUGUUGCAGACGGCGAUCAGGCCAAAGAUUACAUUAUGGGUAAUGAAGAUGUUCUUAAAAAACUCAUGAAUUACAUGUUACAUCUGAGUGUGAGUCUUCAAAUAGCUGCCACAACAUGUAUAUCUAACCUUGUUUGGAACGAAGAAGAAGGUGCGUAUGUACGGCAAGCAAAACUACGGGAAAUGGGUGUACAGACUUUGCUACAGAAACUACUCAGUACCAAUGAUUCUGUUCUCUUUGAAAAGGUUAAAACAGCUUUACAGCAGUUUACCUGACAAAGUGACAGUCAAACUGUACUAAUUGUUGACCUCUCAACUUUCUAUGUAUGAACAUUGGAUACUCAAUAUAGAUGAUGAUCAAGUUGAAAAGCUGAAAACUUUUUAUGUGAACUAUGGAUUGAACAAAUGGACGAUUAAAGUGAAAAUGUUUAUACCUGUACAUGUAUGUAACAUUAAUAGUGGAUGAUUGGUUCUAUUUAAUUUAUGAAAGUGUUUCAUGUUAAUGAAUAUAUUGAUAUUUGUUAAAAGUUU